CAUCCUGGAGCGCAUUGUUGAGGAAGGUACAGAAUCGAUAAAGCUUGGCCAAAUUCAACGGUCCAAAAUCUUGGUAAAAGUUCGCAUACACAAGCUGCUCGUCGGUAGUGAAGUAGUAGCUGGCAGCGUUUUUCUCCGCUCUUGGCUUCUUCGUCAUUAUAGCCAUCUGAAUUCGGCCUGGAAAGUGAGCAUCACAAACGGGUUGGCGAUUAAACGGUGGACGGGUGCGGGACAGUCGCCCAAAACCAUACUUACCCGGUACGAUCGUUACCGAUUCCACCAGGGAGUUAUUUUCCGCUUCGCGCAUCUCAUCAUCGCUCGAGCAGAUAUGCAAGGGUGCAGUGGUUUGAUUGUGCCGUGCCAUCGCUUCCUGGCAUGGAUUUGGAUGCUUGUGUGAUUGUUUAGGAGAUUGGGGUAGAGAUUGAUUGCGAUUGUAUCCGAGGACGCACCUGUAAAAAAAAGGGGAGUCAAAGUAAGCGUAAGACGUGUUCGUGAUAUCUCUAAUCGAUGGUAGUUGUUGCAUCUGAUUGACCUAAUAAAUUUGUGGGUCACCAAGGAAGGGGGGGAGGUGUGGGGGAGGGGGGUAGAGAAAAGGAAAUCAACCACCCGCCUUUGUAAGGGUCUCUGGAAGGAUACGUUUUUAACCUGCUAAAGGAACACCCGCAAAUGGGCGGUUCAUCACUGAAGCUACUUUAAAAUUUUGACUGAACCUUAAUAUCCUAGCGUCCACAGCCAGCAGCUAGUAAUAUUUUCAUAUCAUUUAAGUCACAGUCAGAGGCAUCAAAGCUGCUGAAGGUUUAUUGGCGCUGGUGAAAACUUCCAACAUCGUAACAUGCCGGUCAUCCGACACGACCUGCGGGACAUCCAUUUCUGUACAUAGCAACCCAACCACAUUAUUCACACAAUUCACCUCGAAUUAGAGACUGCCGCCUUUUAAGGAAGGUUAAAACUCGUAGGAAGUGGUUCUAUCGUGUCCGCUUUGCGAGAAGCGAGAAAAACACACACACAAAAAAACCCGCGCGGGCCUUUUCAGCGGCAACCAGUGCCUCUACUGCGGUUCGGUCCGUACCGUCCUACGCAGCGGGAACGGUACCGGGGAAGGGGGAAAAAAGACAAACAAAAACGACGCCAUGACAGCUAAACACCACCCCGAGUAGUUGUUGUAUGGCGUCGAAGAAUUGCCAGCCCACAUUGGCAGCACUGGUAGAAAAUGGCGAUCCACUUUGCAUCCCCUAACUAUGCAGUCAGGCAGGUUUGAUUUUUGGUUGUGAAAAGCUGUCUUGCUCGUACGUGCAAGAUUCGCGCCCUCGAAGCAGCAGCCUGCAAUUCCGGCACCGUAUAUCCAGGUUCACAUUCCUACACACAUGCACGCACACGCUCGCCCACAUAAACACAGUUCGUUACAAACUUUUCUGUAAUUGUAAUGAGACCUCCGGACAUAACGAAAGGUCGGCAGAAGACAGAAAUCUGGCAAAAACGGCUCGUACGGCACAAUAUCUAACGUCUGAAGGGGGAGAAUCCCUCGACAAAUGGAGAAUCAAUACAUGACCGCGCCAUCCGGCACCGACCAAGACACACAUCCAUGCCGAACCGAAUCGUCGGCCUGUUGGAUUUCGGGACUUGUUUCAAAGGAUUCCAACCCCUGUACGGCAACCCCACUACAGUAUCCACCUGCUGCUCACUGUAAACGCUCUCGUGUUGACAGACGGUCCUGUACAGGGUGUGUUGGUGUACAGGUUGCUGUUCGUCCGUCCAAAACAAUCCGCUGUCAAAACACUGCCAAUUUCGCAUAGGUACGAAAUAAGUUAUAUUAUAGAUUUAUUAAAUCGGCAGCAGCAGCAGCAGCAGCAGCAACAAUCAACCGUACACCAGCAUGCCACAAGUAGCGGCCGCAUCGACACCGGCGGAACUGCCCGCGGAGGAGCUCGACUGGAUACAGAUGCGGAAAGAUUUUGCCGGCGUACAUGCGGAAACAACCAAAGAGAAGAUGAUACGGAAGGUGAACGAAAAUCCGCUGGUGCCGAUCGGGUGUGCCGCCACGCUAACCGCGCUCGGGUUUGGGCUGUGGAACUUCCGGCAGGGUCGCUCGCAGAUGUCGCAGUACAUGAUGCGCGCCCGUAUCCUGGCCCAAGGGUUUACGGUGAUCGCACUGAUCAUCGGUGUGGGAAUGACGUACGGUACGAAGGAACCGCCCAAGAAGUAGCUGUCCGGGGGUUAGGCAAGCGGGCUUGAUAAACUGUUGCACCUUUAUUACGAUUACGGAAUAGAUGGGAUAUGUGUUUGCAUUUGCACCCCGACAAGAAAAAAA